AUGACAUGGAACAGUUCAAGGAACCUACAGGAUGCAUCUGUAAAUCGAAUGGAUCGUCAGCAGUAUGACUUAAUAGACCAGUGGUGCUAUGACAAUGCCAUUCUUUGGUACUCAAAGUAUUUUGCAUACAUAAUCUUGAUCCACACACUUAUAUUUUUAGUAAGUAGUCAUUUCUGGUUUAAAUUUCCUGGAACUAGUUCGAAAAUUGAACACUUCAUAAAUAUACUUGGUAAAUGUUUAGAUUCGCCAUGGACCACUAAAUCACUCUCUACUGUGUAUGAAGAUAUCCAAAAAAAGGAAGAGGGCAGUUCAAGAGAGAGGGCAUCAAUAACACCAGAGAACGUUGAAUCAAAUGCACAAAAAAGCUGUGGUGUGUUUGCGAAUCCAGCAGCUAGAAUGCUUGACAAACUGGAAUGUGAACAAGCAAAAGCUUUAUUUGAGAAAGUUAAAAAGUUUCGACUUUACACUGAAAAAGGUGAUAUUCUCUACAAGAUGUAUACGAGACAGACAGUGCUGCGUUUGUUUCAGAGUUUUAUAAUAACAACUUAUGUCUGGGAAUUGAGUCCCAAUAUCCUGUAUAUUGUGCAUUGCAUAGAUGAUGUCCAAGUGACAGGAUUUCGUGAGUUUUUUUGUAUUCACUCAUUAAGGAGAAUGUACACAAUGUUAUCUUAUGUGUACAUAGCAGUAAUUUGCCUGUACAUGUGUACUUGUAUUUACACAUUGUACUGGAUCUAUUUCUAUAAACUUAAGGAUUACUCAUUUGAAAAGGUGCGUGAUGAGACAGGAAUUAAUGAUAUUCCAGAUGUCACAAAAGAUUUUGCUUUCCUACUUCAUUUAAUAGAUCAGUAUGAUAAACUGUAUGCAAGGAAAUUUGCUGUUUUUCUGUCAGAUGUCAGUGAAAACAAACUGCGUCAGCUGAACUUGAAUUACGAAUGGUCAACUGAGAAACUUGAAAUGCGCAUAGUUACCAACUCAGACAAAAAAAAAGAGUUGCAUCUUUUUAUGCUGCCUGGAAUUCCAAAUUCUACUUAUGAAAUGGUUCAGCUGGAAGUAUUGAAAUUAGAACUUAUAAAUGACAUUUCCAUUGGUGAAGGCAUCUCACAACUGAAGUCACUAAACGAAUUGUGUCUAUACAACUGUACCAUUAAAGUGGAAAACAGAGCUCUUCUGUUUUUAAAAGUCAACUUACAAAUCAUGAGAGUCAAGUUUUCAAAAACAGAAGAAAUACCCCAAUGGAUGUACAAUCUCAGUAACCUCAAAGAACUGUACUUGGAAGGUGAUUUGCAAACUGACAGUAAAACUUGUGUGUUACAAUCUAUGCGCGAUUUAGAACGUCUUCAGCUACUUCAUCUAAAGACCAAUGUAAUUAAAGUACCUUUGACGAUUACUACUGAUAUUGCUCAACACCUUUUGCAUCUCACCAUUAACAAUCAGGGAACCAAGUUGCUGUCUUUGAACAGUGUGAAGAAGUUUUAUGUUCUUGCAACCUUAAAGUUAAUUUCCUGUAAUUUGGAAAGGAUUCCAAGUGCGAUCUUCAGUUUAAGCAAUCUUACUGAGCUAGAUUUGAAAGACAACAAUCUGAAGUCUAUUGAAGAAAUUGCCAGCUUUCAGCAUUUUUGUAAACUGAGAAUACUCAAACUCCACUACAAUUCAAUUGUUGACAUCCCAUUGUACAUUGCAAAGGUAGCAUCAGUUGAAAUGCUUUACCUCAACAAGAACAAGAUUUCUAAACUUCCACCGCAUCUGUUCAAAUUAUCAAAGUUGUUUCACCUCGAACUUGGAUUCAACUGCAUUAAAGAGAUCCCUGCUGAAAUUGAAGAACUUGAGGAGCUGCAAUACCUUGGUAUUGACCACAAUAGUAUCACGAAAUUACCUCAAGAGCUUUUCAAGUGCACCAAACUACAAGUCCUUAUUCUUUCGCAUAACCUGUUGACUCAUAUACCACCUAACAUUGAAAAACUGACUCAUCUUCGACAGCUAGAGAUUGCUGGAAACCAAUUAUCUGAGCUUCCUCUGGAACUCGGAAAGUGUGUGUGCCUGAAACGAGAACACUUCAUUGUGGAAGAAGAGUAUUUUAACACAUUGCCACAUACUGUUAGAGAGGGGUUUGUAAAGUAG